AUGCAGCCCCAGCGACGCCGGCUCCCCUUCUACCGCCUCUUCCCCUACCGCACUCCUUCCCUCUCCCCUCCGCCGGACUUCCUUGUGCCAGUUCCCCCCCCGGUAGACCCCCUCCCCCCUCAGGUUCCUGCCCCCUCAGGUGUGUCCCAGGUAGACGCCGUUGACCCAGUCGAGGUUACUGGUGACUCUGGUGCUGCUGCGGGUGCUGAGCCUGGGGGUGCUGACUCUGGGGGUGCUGUGCGCGGGGGUGCCGAGCCUGGAGGGACUGCUACUGGGGGUGCUGGGCCUGGGAGUGCUACUGCGGAGGUUGCGGAGCCUGGGGGUGCUGAGCCGGGGGGUACGGUGCCUGGAGCUGCUGAGCUAGGGGGUGCUGGGUCUGGGGGUGCUGGGUCGGGAGCUGCUGAGCUUGGGGGUACUGAGUCUGGAGCUGCUGAGCCUGGGGGUGCUCCGUCUGGAGCUGUUGAGCCUGGGGUUUCUCCUGCUGCUGCGUCUCGCCGGGAGCCCCUCUCUCCACAAGAGCUGCGCGAGUGGUUUGCUCGCCGCUGGAGGCGUGAUGCUGGAGCUGGAGCUUCUUCGACCGUCGAGGGUGCUGGUGCUGCCGGUCCCGGAGCUGCUGGGUUUGCGGGUACUCCUGGAGCAGGAGCUCCUGAGGGUGGUGGUGCUGAGACUACUGCUGUCUGUCCCGGCGGUGGUUCUGCUCCUGGUGCUGCUGCAGGUCCUGCCACUGGAGGUGUUGGUGGCGCUGGUGCUGUCGCUGAGGGUGCUGGUGCUGUCCCUGCUGAGUCUGGAGCUGCCGCGCGGCCUCGACCGUACUUUGUUCCGCUCCUGCAGCAGGUUCUUGGUCUUUCUCCUCCGGUAGAGUGUUCACAGCCUGUCCAGUCACAGUCACUGUUGGAGCCUUCCUCUCCACUGCCUGCUCCCUCUCCUUACACUGGUCCUACUGGAGGUCUUGCUGAGCGUCGUGAGCCUGCGUCUCGUCCUGCGUCGCCAGUUCGUGCUGCUCGCACUAGUGGUCGCGGUUCGCGUCAGCGUCCUCCUCCUGUCCCUGGCACGCACCGGAUGUCUCUGCGUCCGUCCACUGCUCCUCUGCGUGCCCCUUUGCCUUCUCCUCCUGAGUCCUCUCUUCCUGCCCUUGCCGACCCGGAGUCGGACUCUCUUCGUGCUGCCAGUCCUACUGUCACGCGUCUGCUUGCUACUGUUGUCACUGACCCCUCUUUUGAGUCCACUGCUGCGUCUGCUCUUGUAGCUGAGCUCGUCGACUUUGCUGCUCGCUGUCGUCUAGACUACGCUGCUAGUCUUGUUGCUGAGUCUGCGUCUGUCUGUCCUCCGUCCGUCGGGGGUGAGUGUGCUCUUGGCACGGACGUCCUAGAGGACAGGCAGAAGGAGUUACAGUGUCUGGCUGCUGCUUCACCUCAUCUUGCGUCUGUACUGCUUGCUCCUGAGGGAGACCCGGAUGCACUUGACAUCCCGACUCCGCGCUCUUACGCGGAGGCCGUAGAGGGUCCCUACUCGUCUCAAUGGCAGGCAGCUAUGGAUGCAGAGAUGGCUUCCUGGAAGUCCACAGGCACCUACGUUGACGCAGUUCCCCCUCCUGGGGCGAACAUCGUCAGUGGCAUGUGGAUCUUCAGGGUGAAGCGGCCCCCGGGCUCUCCACCUGUCUUCAAGGCGCGGUACGUUGCUCGUGGCUUCAGUCAGCGGCAGGGAGUUGACUAUUUUCAGACCUUCUCUCCCACCCCGAAGAUGACCACUCUUCGGGUGCUGCUGCACAUAGCCGCUCAGCGCGACUACGAGCUUCACUCUCUCGACUUCAGCACUGCGUUCCUACAGGGUAGCCUGCACGAGGAGAUCUGGCUGCGCCGUCCACCUGGCUUCACUGGGACUUUCCCUCCUGGCACCCAGUGGAGCCUCCGACGGCCAGUCUACGGUCUCCGCCAGGCACCGCGUGAGUGGCACGACACACUGAGGACUACGCUUGCAGCUCUUGGGUUUGCUCCUUCUACUGCUGACCCGUCGCUGUUUCUGCGCACCGACACUUCUCUGCCGCCAUUGUACAUCCUCGUGUACGUCGACGACUUGGUCUUUGCCACAGCGGACACUGCUGGACUCGCCUACGUGAAGUCCGAGCUGCUGAAGAGACACACGUGCACAGACCUGGGUGAACUGCGCAGCUACCUUGGCUUGCAGAUCACUCGGGACAGAGCACGCCGCACCAUUACCUUGACUCAGUCACACAUGGUGCAGCAGGUCCUUCAGCGCUUCGGCUUCACGUACUCCUCGCCUCAGGCCACUCCUCUGUCUACUCGCCACUCGCUCUCAGCUCUGCCUUCGGAUGAGUCCGUAGAGCUGAGUGGCCUGUACCCAGAGCUUGUUGGCUGCCUCAUGUACCUGAUGACCUGCACUCGACCUGACCUUGCAUACCCUCUGAGCAUUCUUGCAUGCUAUGUUGCUCCUGGGAGACACCGACCAGAGCACAUGGCUGCAGCGAAGAGGGUGUUGCGCUACCUGUGCAGUACGUCGGGCAUGGGGCUAGUGCUUGGAGGGCGCAGUCCAGUGGUCCUUACAGGGCACGCGGACGCUUCUUGGGCUGACGACCAGGCUACGCAGCGGUCGUCACAGGGUUACACCUUCAGUCUUGGUUCCGGCUCUGUCUCUUGGCGGGCUACUCGCUCGUCUUCGGUUCUCAGCUCCAGUUGUGAGGCUGAGAUCUACGCUGGGGCCAUGGCUGCACAGGAGCUUCGCUGGCUCACCUACCUGCUGACUGACCUUGGAGAGCCACCUCGUUCUCCUCCAGUGCUGUACGUAGACAACAAGGCCAUGCUGGCCUUGUGUCGAGAGCAGCGUCUGGAGCACAGAACGAAGCACAUUGCUCUUCGCUACUUCCUUGCUCGUGAGCUGCAGCAGCGUGGACAGUUGCGGCUUGCGUACGUGGCCUCUGAGGCCAACACUGCUGAUGUGUUCACCAAGGCACUCGCGCCUUGUGACCAUCAGCGCCUCUGCACCCAGCUGGGUCUUGUGCCUGUCUUGCCUCACUUGCUCUCCUCUUGA